AUGAAGUCCUCUCUGCUAUCAGCUGUCCUAGCGCUUGCUCCCGGCGCCAUUGCCUGGAAAGAAGUCUCCAGCUGCGACGACAUCAAGUACACUUCGGUUCCGGGCUUCUUCCUCCAGGAUGAUCCCAACACCAAUCCCAGCACCUUUGACUAUGCAAACCAGAACUUUGGCCUCCUCAACAGGACAUAUCCCACCGAUGCCAAGUUCGACCCUCGUCACAAGAAGACUCAGUGGCAGCGCUUUGCCAACUAUGUCGACUCUUUGAACGAGGAGUGCAGAAGGGACAAGAAGACCACUUACAAGGUGCUCUUCAUGGGCCGCCACGGCGAGGGAUGGCACAACGCCGCCGAGACCUUUUACGGCACUCCUGCGUGGAACUGCUACUGGGGUGAACUCGAUGGCAAUGGCACUGCUACCUGGUCCGAUGCCCAAUUGACUGUCAACGGUAUCGCGCAGGCCAGCAAGGCCAACGCCUACUACAAGUCACGUUUUGAACAGGAAAAGAUGCCCUAUUUUGAGUCAUUCUACAGCUCGCCCCUCAAGCGAUGCAUCCAGACCGCCAACAUUACCUUUGCCACUCUCGACCUGCCUCAUUCACAUUCCUUCAAACCCACCAUCAAGGAGCUUUUCCGCGAGAGCAUCAGCAUCCACACCUGCGAUCGCCGCUCUACCAAGACUCAGAUCCACGCAUUUGCGCCCCAUUUCUUAUUUGAGAAGGGCUUUUCAGAGAACGACCUGCUGUGGCGCGGCAACGAGGACGAGGGCGAGACUUCUGCCCACCAGGUCGCACGUAGCAAGCUUGUCAUUGACGACGUCUUUUCCCACGACGACAACACCUGGAUCAGCAUUACCAGCCACUCUGGCGAGAUUGGCAGCAUUCUGACUGUGCUGAACCACCAGUCUUUCAGCCUCAGCACCGGCCAGAUCAUCCCUGUCCUUGUCAAGGCCGAGUUGGUUGAGCCGACUCCAGAGCCCACCACUACCUAUGCUUCUUUCACCACCGAACCGACGUGCAAGUCACCGCCUUUGACCAGUAUCGCCGGGCAGGGCUGCGUAUGCGCCACGGCCACCACCACUACCUUUACCACUGCAAAGGCUACGCUGAAGGCCGAACUUUGA